AUGAUUCGAUACACCCUCGUCCUUCUCCUCCCCGUUUUGGGCGCUCUUGCUCACCCUGCUCCUCGGGAAGUCGACAGCAUCGUCCCGGGGCCUACUCCCAUUCGCCCCCCAAUUUGUCUCCAAACCAUUUGCCCACCCUGCCCGCCUGGCGCUACGCCAACAUCGAUCGCCCCUCCAGGCAAAUGUCCCAUCUGUAGCUGUGCGCCAACCUCAACCAAGCCCAUCAUCACCUCCCUUCCGACCACGAAACCUCCCAUCGUCAUCCCUCGGCCCACUAUUACCCUCCAUCGUCGCGAGGAGGAUAAACCGACCAAAGAGUGCCCCGUCCGACCCUGCGGAUGCCCCGUUGGCCAAGAGCCGAUCACGACGCCCGACGCCGAUGGGUGCUUGGGAUGUGGAUGUCAGAGCGUGACGGCGCCCAUUCCAACUAUCACUAUCCCUCGACCCACUGCGACGCACCCUAUCAUCACCUCUCCUAUCAUCCCUCCAGGCUGCCCCAAGGAUCCCUGCUCGACUUGGGUGUGCAUCCCAUGGGAUUAUCCCACUGUGACUCACGUUCCGGGCGAGAAGUGCCCGAGGUGCGUUUGCGUCAGGGACCCCAAUUACCCUACUCCCAUUCCCAUCCCCACCGCCACCGCUCUUUGA